AAUGGAUGCUAGAAGGAAUACCAGUUCACUGGUUCCCGGUUGUUGAUGGAGAGUAUGCAGGCCCUACCUCCCCUCCAUAACCAUAUGUUAUUUCCCGUGUCGUUAAAGAGGAUUUUCGGAUGGCUUGUGACAGUGUUCAAAAAUUCUUGGACGUCCUCGAACAACAUAGACACAUGUGGCUGACAUAUCGGAAGGAGGAGGUCGACAAGCGGGAGAAUGCUUUGUCUUACUGGAAACUCAUUUUCGUCAAGGCGGACGAUAUGAUGCAAGAGCAAAAGAAGAAGGAGACGAAAAAGGGGAAGGAAGAGAAUGUCCUCGGGGCGGACGAGCUCGAGAUCUACCCUCACAUCUUCUGGCCACAAUCAGUCGAAACUGUGGUCGAAGUUCAAGAUAUCAACCCUCCUUUGCUGGACUCUGAGGCUUCGCUUAUAUAUGUAGGACCGAGAGGGGGCCGUCCAAAAGUGAACUUUGACCCUCGACGUCAUACAAACAAAGGUGAUUUUGUGAUUGUUAGGCCACCCGAUGAGGAACUGUCUCAAGGUGUCCCAUUUUGGGGGGAUCGAAGCCGAAGGCAGUUAAUCAAAAUGUCUGAGGAGAUGGCGGACGGUGGGAGAAAGCUUGCAACGCUCGACGACCUCAUCGAUGCCCUGGAUAAGCGCGAGAGAGCGCCGAACAAUGUCCCGAAGGUUGACACUUUCCACUUCAAGGGAGAACGGGUGUCCGACUGGCUGGACCUGACGGAGCAAGCACUGGUGGGGCUGUCGGACGAGGUCCAGCUCCAGCAAGUCCUAAGAUAUGUCCUUCAUAGCCACCAUCAGGAAGUGCGCAAAGUCGUGGAUGCCGCCAAUGGUAGUUGGGCGAGGUUUAGGGACAUGAUGCAGAGAAAGUACAGGUUGGGGGAUGGCUUGUUGACCAUGGCGGAUUUGGAGGCCAUGAGCAAGGAUGACUUCUCCACGAUUGGGGCGUUUGUGCAUGAGUUUAAAAGGAAGGCGCGGAAGGCCUCGGAGCUGACGGGUCAGGGAAGGGGAAAUGAGAAACUCACCUGGGCCACUAUUGACAAGGGGGUGGAAGAGGGGAGCCUGGACCAGGUGGAGCAGCACCAGGUGCGGCUGCAAAGGCGCAAGAGAAAGGAAAGGGACGCCACCGCGUCCGGAACCCCAGGGGUGAAGAGGAUCGUCACGGACGUAUUGGCAACGCUGGGGUAUGAUAAUGAGGCGGAAGUGCAAAAGAGGGGAGUGACCGUCGCCCAAGGCCGGGCGUCGGGGGCAGUGGAAGAGGAGGCUAGGCGCGAGGACUAUGGCGGAGAAGAGACGGGCUCCCAGAUCCUAACCAAGGCCCAGAGGAAGCAGCGGAAUUUACAAGUGGGCGGUCAAGGAUCCGAAAAAGGGCAGGUCCCGCAAGCGAUUGCUGCGCCGUCACCUGCUGCCACAACAACGUCGGCGACGGCCAGGCCGUUGUGUAUGGGGCCGCCGGCGGCUUGUGGGCACUGGGUGCCGCAUUGCCACACGGUGCGGUUCUGCGAGCUGCGGCGGGAGGAUGAAUUGUCAGGGUUAAUCUCCUCUUGUAUGGACGGGGACAUAUAUGAUAAGUGGGGUGAGCAUAUUGACCCCAGGACCCCGAGAGGGAUCAGGCAAGAGGCUCUCUGGCGAGCAGCAGCGGGGCCCACAGCACCCCCGACAAUGUUUAGGAUGUGGCAAGAGAAGGAAGAGCCGACCGUAAGGGUCGAGGAGAUUGUGGGGGAUAACGAGGAGGUCAACCAGCGGCUAAAGGCAGGGACUAUAAGAGAGGAGCCAAUAGUCGUCGAAUCGGAUGAUGAGGGGCAGGAAGGCGAAGGAGAGCCAGUUAUACUCCUCCUGGGGAGGAUGGAAGAUCUGCUGGAAAAAGUGGGGAAAUACCAGCGGAAACUGCAAACCCUGUGUGAAGAAGUCCGAGAGUGGGAGGCCAACCUGCCUGAGGUCAUCCUUUAUGACUCCGGGCCAGAGCCUUCGCCAGGACAACAAGUGUGCCCAAGAGUGGCGACCGUAGGGACGGGCCCUAGGUCAGGUAUGGCCUAUAGACCCCCCACGUCACAUGGGAGGGCACCGCAGGCGGCUCGGACUAGGAGCCAAAACAAGGUUGGGCCUAGCCGAGAGCCCAGUCAGGCACCCCCUCAAAAGGAGCCUGAGCCAGAACGUAGGAAAGAGGUGGUGGAGGUCCGGGAGGAAGAGGAAGAGGAUGACGAUGAAGAGGAUGAGAGGCUCCGACAAGAGGAGGAUCAGCGGGCGGAGCUGAGGGCCAAAAAGAGAGGAGCCCGGGAGGAGGCCGAGCCAAGCCUGCCUGACAGCGUGCCUAAGAGGAAGAAGUACGCGGUCCGGAUGAAAGAAGGCUUUGAUGUGGAGCGGAUGGUGGACAAGCUCUUGGAAGGCCACAAUGACUUGAUGAACUUAGAGGAUAUCUUGGCGUCGGCGCCAAGGCUCCGUGGUGAGUUGAAAGGGCGACUCUCGCGAAGGCUGGUACCAAAUGUCCACCUAAGUACGGUCCUGCCCAGGGAGGUGGAGUGGACUGAGGCAGGGACAAGGAUGGAUUGGAAAUGUGUGGCGUGUGGGCAGGUGGAUCUGGUGAUAAAGAACCAGAAGUGCAUUGGGAUGGUGGACACGGGCGCAGAAAUGAAUAUUAUCAGGGAGAAGGAGGCGGUGAUGAUAGGCAUGGAAAUCGACCGCUCGGACCAUGGCAUGCUGCAUGGCGCCAAUUGCAAGGCCGCUUUUUGCGGCACGACGUCUAAUGGCUCCCAAAGGCGGUACAAGACUGUAGAUAAGAAGUGCCGCCCAGUUCUUGUGCUCAUCACGGAGGAUGAGGAAACCUACUACGAGCGGGAACGAGGAUUGAUACGGCGUAUGCGGGAGCAGGCGUUGGCCGGGCCGUGCCGUAUCAACGACGAGAAUGAGGGGAAGUUGAUAAUCGGGGAGUCCGACUUCCUGUCACCCCAGGAGAGAGCGUUGAUGGUGGGACUGAUGAAGAAAAGGCACCGUGCAUAUGCGUUCAAUGACGACGAGCGUGGGAGGCUGGAUGUGGACAAGAUUCUGAUGAUACGAAUCCACACUGUUCCACAUGAGCCAUGGAAUCUAAGGGGUGCACGAUACCCAAAUUCGGAUGAGGAGAAGAAGGUGGUGGACUACCUGGACGGCAAGAUGCGGACGCACGUGGCCGACUAUUCCAGCGGACCGUACGCGUCGCCUUGGUUUUGUUUUAUUAAACCAAAUGGGACGCUAAGGUGGGUGCAUGACUUGCAGCGGCUAAAUGCGGUGACAAUGCGGGACGCGGGAGGGUUGCCGAAUGCGGACGCAUUGUCAGAAUCGUGCCCAGGGAGGCCUAUAAUCUCGCUCAUAGAUCUCUACUCUGGGUACGACCAAUUCCCUGUAUACCCGCCAGACAGGCCUGUAACGACGAUGCACACACCCAGAGGGUUGAUUCACAUGAACGUGGCGCCUCAAGGUUGGACGAAUGCAGUAGCGAUGGUGCAGAGGCAUAUGAUCAGAGCCAUGCAGACGAUCAACCCACAUAUUACCCAGCCCUAUAUCGAUGACCUGGCGGUCAAAGGUCCGAAGGAGAAAGAGGAAGACGAAGUGAUGCCCGGUGUGCGGCGUUUUGUCUGGAAACAUGUCCAAGACAUCGAUCGGGUUCUGGGGUUAUUGGAGGAACCUAACCUGACGACAAGCGGCCCCAAGUCGAAACAUUGUAUGAGGGAGGCCACGAUUCUAGGUUUUGUCUGUAAUGAGAGUGGGCGAAGGCCCGACGUAAAGAAAACAGAAAAGAUCCUUGAGUGGCCGGUGCCCUUCCGCUCGAUAACGGAUGUGAGGAGCUUCCUUGGGACAUGCGGGUUUUGGAGGAGCUUCGUAAAGGACUUUGCCACAAAGACGGAACAUUUAAGGAAGUCUGACUUUUCGAAGACAGCCAUGCAGAGAGGCGGGAGGGGCGUGCGGCCACGACAGAGGCCUCAGGGAGCAUCAGGAGGGGAUGACUCGCGCAGACCAUCUGAGAGGGAUUCUACACCUGUCUUCGACGACGAUAACAUAGAGUUUUUUCUGGACUCCUACCAGGCACAUGCAACACGGGGGGGCUGGUCUACCUUGGGGAGGAUACGGCACCUGAGGGGAGUUGGGCGUUUUGAGGAGCAUAUUGCGCACAUCCGGGAGGAGGCUUUGACCUGGCAGGAUGUGGAGGCGAGGAUGCAGAUGCUGAGGGCUUCGUCGUUGGGACCAGAUGGGUUGCCUAUUCGGUUGGAGGAAGGCAAUGCAGAGGAGUUCAUCCCUGCCUACGAGCAGUAUAUGCACGACCAGGGGGCUGGGCAGGAGGAGUGGAUGCAGAUGUGCACGCAUGGAUGUGGAGGUGCCGACCUCCAGGAGCCUCCGCCAGGGCCGCCACCCACAGAGGAGGGGACAAGUGAGAGAGACCCACUGCGAGAGGCCCAUGAGGCGCGGCCAAGGAGGCCAUCAGGGGAGACGAAAGAAGAGAAGCGCGCGAGGGUGCAGGAGAAGAAGGUACAGGGGCUCUUUGGCCAGGAAGGAACGACAGAGACGCCACAACAAGAGGGAAUGGGAAAGGUAUUCCUGGACCCAACAGAGGCGGCUGCAAGGCGGGAGGCCGAGGAGAGGAGGUUCAAUUUCAGGACUCCCACGGAGUUGGCCUCGCAACAGGCCACCGCUAUGACGAUUGAGGUUCCUGGGGACGAACCGGCGCAGAGACCCCAACCUCCAGUGGCGGAGGGAGGCCCCACAGAGGAGUCCCCUACGAUCCUUUUGGAGGUGCAGGAGGGUGCCCUUAUGGGAACAACAGCAUCCACUGAGCCGGAGGUAAUGGGGGGAGACGCGUCUCGACUGGACGAGUUGGUGGCAGCUAUGGAGCUGGACAUGCCAUCAGGAGGGCCUCAGAGGCAGGAGACCCCGGAGCGCGUGCCAGAGAUAGGGGAGCUGAGGACGCAGUUAGGCUCUUGGGCUACUGGAGCUGACUCAGGAGAGCACAUCUCAGAGCAGCAGCAGGAAGUUAUGAGCGAGUCAGCGACUGCUGUGACCCCCCAGCCUUCUGACCUGUAUAGGGGCGAGGGGGCGACUGCGAUGGGAGGAGUCCGCGAGGGUAGGUCACUGAGAUUGGACUCUCCAGCGUACCGACCCGAGGGAGAUGAGAUGCUAGUAGGGCCGAGUACCCAGAUGAUGGAGGCAAGACCGGCAGAGUCAUGGAGUAUGCCCCAGAGCCACGAGAUGAGCAGGGAAACUAGCGAGACACCGCCGUUGCCUGGGUCCCAAAAGAAGAAGAGAAGGUGUCGAGGGAGAUCAGACGAUCAGUGCUUCUUCCGCAAGGACGGCGUACAUAGGGCUCUUGAAUGCCCGAAGUUCCUUAAGGACAAGGCGGCUGGGAGAGUGACAGAGAGUGAUGGGAGGAUGUACGACAGACAGGGGCGAGUGGUAGAGCGGGCUCUAGAUGGGGGUAGGCCACAAUUGUACAGGCAGAACCAGGAGGCCAUGAGGUCUAAGGCGACUACGCAGCGCCGAUCGUCAAGCUUUGCGAUGCAGACGCCUGUGCACCGGGGUACACCUCUUUCAGGUCCGAUGAGUCGCCUUAGACGAUAUGAUCAAGACAGAGAGGUGACAUUGCUUGUCCGAACGGCGGGGAGUGUUCAAGGGUCUGAUGGUCGUGGUGAAGGGUCUGGUGGUCGUCGGUGGAACUAUGCACAAAAGACAGUGGGGCAUGCAGGCUCCGCUGAGAAGUUUGCCCAUGGGCUAUUCGAGGCCGUGCCCGUCGUUGACUACGAAGACAAAUUCCGGAUGUUGGACUGGGUAGGCGAUAUUUGGCAGGGGAGGGAGGGAGGGACGGAGGGAGGGAGGGAGGGAGGGACGGAGGGACGGAGGGACGGACGAACGGAUGGAGGGACGGACGAACGGAUGGAGGGAUGGAGGGACGGAGGGAGGGACGGAGGGACGGAGGGACGGAGGGACGGAGGGACCGAGGGACAGGGGGACGGGGGGAUGGGGGGACGGGGGGAGGGGGGGAGGGGGGGACGGAGGGACGGAGGGACGGAGGGACAGUGGGACGGAUGGAUGGGACGGAUGGAAGGGACGGAUGGAUGGGACGGAUGGAUGGGAGGAUGGAUGGAUGGAUGGAUGGAUGGAUGGAUGGAUGGAUGGAUGGAUGGAUGGAUGGAUGGACGGACAGAGGGGAUGGACGAAGGGGAUGGACGGAUCGAUGGACGGAUCGAUGGACGGACGGACGGAGGGACGGAGGGACGGACGGAGGGAUGGAGGGACGGACGAACGGAGGGACGGACGGAUGGACGGACGGGGGGAAGGAUGGGGGACGGACGAACGGACGGACGGACGGACGCACGCACGGACAGACGGACGAAGGGAUUGAUGGAUGGAUGGAUAGAUGGAUGGAUGGAUGGAUGGAUGGAUAGAUGGAUGGAUUGAUCGAUCGAUUGAUUUUAUUUUAUUUUUUUCUCUCUCUCCCUCUCCCUCUCUCUCUCUCUCUCACACACACACACACACACACUCUCUCUCUCUCUCUCUCUCAACUCUCUUUCUCUCUCUCCUCUCGCUCUUCCAUUUCCCCCCAUCGCGCUUCCCGCCAUUC